AUGCGCCAUGUGACUGGUCCGAUGGAUCUUGUUCUGUCACCCAUACUCCAUCGGGCUAUGAUGUGCGCUGUUAGUGCGCUAAGUGGGCGGGCGGGCAAAGGAAAACGAGAUGCUGGAGGCCUAUGGGGUCGGACGGCAAAAGUUGGCCCGUUCUAUUGGCCGUGGGCUGCGCUGGGCACGGAUUGCAGGGAUGCCCCGAUUGACCCGAAGCAAAACGUGGGCGGGCAGGGGUUUGGUACGCCGCUGCCAGUCUGCGCGAUACCGUUUGCGUAUUUACGCAGAGGCGUUGGUCGUAUUACCAAAACGGGGGAUAUCACACAUGUCGAAGGGAGAGAGAUGUCGGGUCAUGUACUUCAGAGCGGUUCGUUCGUCUCCAUCCAUCCGGAAAAGCGAGCUUGGUUAUGGGAGUCGGGCAAUAUCAACUUUGUUUUCGUGUCGCUCAUCCUGCGAUCCAGCAUAGGGUAUGCAUAA